GCCCAUGGCUAUUUGUGUAGCCGUGCCAGUGGCUGUGUGUGUGUCUGUCUGUGUCUGUCUGUCUCGGGGGUGCCCGAGGCUGGGUUCCAGUGGCAGGGCAGGAGGAAUCCAUAGACCUGUAACUAUGGAGAGGCCUCUUCUACGGGGUGGUGGCCUCCUCUAACCUGAUGUAACAAAAGCCUGUUUUCCCCUUCCACAGCCAUGGGGUCACAGAAGGAGAGAGCAGAUGCUGGGGAAAAGGCACAACUUGCUAAGAAAUUGCUGGCAGAAGAAUUUCAGAAGGAAGGACUUGAUGAAGAAUACUGGCUCCCCAAGCUGUCGGAGAUACUGGGUGUUAAGUCAAGAGAUGCUCUGAAACAUCUGCAAUAUGAUGACUACACUAAACUGGAGUGCAAAGUACGGCACCAAUGGGAGAAAAAGGCACUCCGAAAAGUCCUGGGAAUCACAGACAACAAAACAGCUGUUGAUGAGCUGCAGGAACAGCACUUGGAGGUGAUGAAGCAGAGACAAGAAGCAGCCAAGUCAACCCUACAGGAGCUGAAAGAAAUGCAGAAGAGCCGCAGCCACAGCAAGGAAAUGAUAAGACAGAAAGAGGAGGCACUAUGGCAAGCCAUGGACGUGCUCAGGGAGUACUGGGCACCGCCGGAAAAGGCACUGGUGAAUGAGCUGAUGAGCAUCCAGAAGCAACUGGAGCAGCAAGAGAAGUCCAUGGGGAAGAGAGAGAACGUCUCUGACGAGGAAGUCCUGAGGCGGGCAUCGGGAGGCCUGGCUCUGCAGGGUAUUUACCAAACCAACAACCUGGAGGAUGUGCUGGCAUGGCGAGAGCAACUCAUCAGGAUCCCUGAUGGCUUCGCACUCACUGGUCCAGUGCAAGGGUCACUGCUUGAGAGGAAGGAGUUCUCCUCCUCUGCAGCAGAAGCCACUUUCACCAAGUCCAUGGAGCAGCUGGGGUUCAGCAUCAGCACUGCUGCCAAAGCUGGGUUCUGGGGGCUCAGUUUUGAAACAGGUGUAGAUUACAGCAAGUCCUCACUGUCAGAGGACUCCCAUCGGUCACGCUCAGAGAAGACAUACAUUUGCACCAUCAAGUACCAGUACAUCCCUCUGGCCUCCUACUACUUCCAAAAGGACCAGCUUCGCCUCUCAGACGCAGCCCUGCGAGAGCUGCAACACAUUGAACAGCUUCUGAGCAUCACCCAGGAGGCAGACAGGUUCCACCUACUGAAGAGCAGGUGUGCCAGCUUCUUCAGCAGGUUUGGGUCCCACGUGAACCAGGGUCCCCUCCACUUUGGGGGUAUAUUCUGGUGGAAAGCAUGUGCUGAAGGUUUCAGGGCAGAGCAACGGGAGGAGAUGAAGCAACAAACAUCAGAAGCCCUGAACACCUACAUCACGGCGAGCUUCAGCGGCUUCAGUAAAAACUGGGGAGGGACGGUGGAUGCUUCAAAAUCCAGCUCACAGGCAUCAUUUCAGGGAAGAGAUAGAAGCAGUGCCCACACAGCAGUUCAGCUCUAUGUGACCAAAACAGGGGGCCCAUCAGAGACGGAUUCCCUUCCCGAGUGGAAAUGCGGGCUUGUGGCCAAUAACACAACCUGGUGUGUGAUCGACCGGGGCUUUCAGCUGAUCCCAGUGUGGGACGUAAUCCUGUCCAACCACAGCAGCGAUUUUCAAUCCUCCUAUCAGAUGAGCAGCAGCCUCAGGGAUGCGUACAAAGCACUAACAAAUCACAGCGUCAGCGUGAUCCUUGGAGAGGAACUGGCCAGUGCCCUAGAAGAGGCCAGAGCUUUCCUGGAGAACGUGAAGACCUGGAAGGGGACGGUGGAUGAAAAGAAACUGCUCAUGUUGAUAGAUGUUAAACAGCGUCUGAAAAACAGAACAAAAAAUCACAGAGCCUGGAUCAACAUAUGUCUGUCAGACGAAGCAUUGCAGAAGUUCCUGGUGAGUACCGUUUCUAUUUGCAAGAAGUCACCUCCGGAAAACACCACCUAUAUCAAAUAUUUGCUGCAGUGCCUGCUGGAUCCGUACAUCUAUUCUGUCAAGUCCUUCCCCAGGGCUUCCUUCAUUAUGCAAUGGGUCUUCCACAAGGAGCUCACGCUUCCCGAAACUCCCAGUAUUUCCCGUCUUGAAGAUCUCACUAAUAUACUGCUGCAAAUGAAGGAGUACAUCCAGGAAGCCACCUAUGCACCGGCAACUUCUGCAUCCGCCAUUCAUGAAGCAAAGAUCAAAGCCACCCGCACUGUAAGCCUGGCUGUUUAUUCUUUGCUCCAGUCUCUGCAGCAAAGCGCACAGGAAGACAUAGAACUCUUAGUGCUCUUAGUUACAACCAGCACGGGAUACCAAGAAGAAAGCAGCACUUUUCAGUACCUCCUUGGGUGUCCAGAAAUUAAUUUCAUGAUAAAGGAAAUGCACAUGGCACAUAACGAGUAUCAGAGCCUGAAGGAACAGGAUGUUUACAGAGCUCAGGCCUUCCUGCUGCUGACAGGCCUCACCAUAACAUUUGAAAAUAAGAAGGUGACCCCUCAGCAGAAGAAUGACCGCUUAGUUGUCAUGAAAGAAAAGAUGAAAAAUGCAUGGUCCAGAGAGGUGAAAGCUCUCCUCGAAAAGCACAAUGCAUUCAAAGACUGGGAGAUGCUGGAAAGAGAUUUGCAAUCCUUCAUUGGUGGGCAACUGGAGGACACAUCUGACAUCCUGAAGAAAGACAGUAUAAUCAAGGACGUGGAAGAUGCUUUUCAAGGCAUGCAGCCUCCCAGUCAAUGCAAACCCAAAUCAGACAGCAGCACAUCCAAAGCAAAUCAAGGCACUGCAAACCCAGAGUUCCUCAACUUACUUAAGCGCCUCGGGCUGGAAAGGUACUAUCCAAGAAAAAUGGGCACAGAAGAUUUCCACAUAAUAUACCAGACAUCUGUACACGACAGCCAGCCCAGCAAGGACAGCGAACUACCAUUUCACUUCCUGCAAAGGCUACUGACCGUGGAUUAUCGGGUGAGGUACCUGACUUGCAAGGAGGCGAGUAAGCCGGGAGUCGCGCCUCCACCAAACACCUCAGUGGAGGAGCACGAGCCCUCUGAUUCCUUUGAAGACUUUCUCAGUGACUUGGACGAAGGAGCCCCGGAAUCUGCAAGCAGGGAGAGUCAUGUGCACCCCAUGGACCUCCAGAUGGCAAUUUUUCAUUGUGCUGAUGAUUUCAUGAGACAGUACCUUUCAUCAAAGCUUGCUUUCUGCCAGUUCGCACUGCCCCUCCUGGUACCAAACCCGUGCACUUCACAGAUAGAGUUCCCUCUCUGGUCCCUCAGCCAAAUCAAGAAGAGCUGGGCAGGGAUGGUGAAAUCAGGAAAGCAGACGAGGAUUAGCAGCCACAACAACAAACUCAUUUGUCAGGCCGAGACACCCAUUGUGUCCUUCCUACGCAUCGGCAGCUCUCCUUCCUCUUCCAAGUCUCAGCUCCUGAAUGCCCUGCUGAGCAAGCAAAAACACGACACUUUUUUCCACCGACAUUGCAAAGGCAGCACCAAAGACUGCUUUCUGAUGAAAGGUGUUGUGGAGAUCUCCUGGUACGUUCCUCGUGGUAGCGACGACGACAGCUUUAGCGGCCCUGUUGCUUUCUGCAACCUGCACGGAGAUGCGAGGGAUCACGAACCACAGCUGCAGUUUUUACAGGAGAUCUCUGCUGUGAACGUGGUUCUUGUUUCUGAGUCUGAUCAGAGCAGCAAGAAAGGCAGGAAAAUUUUACAUGAUCUGUGGCAGUCUCAGAAGCCUUUGGUUUGCCUUUUCACUGAGAAAGAGAGCACUGCAGCUGGCCGAUCUAGCCAAAACAUAAGAAUAGGGAUCAAGAACAGAAAUGAAGCAGAAUUAAUGGGUGAGCUGACAAAAACCAUCCGAGACCUAGUGGAAGGGUCGAGCACGCUUGUUAGCCUCAAUGCAUGUGUGAGCACAGCUCGCCAGUGUGGCUUCUUAGUCGAUGAAGAUGCAGAAGCGUGCAUGACAGCCAAAGAAACGGCAAUGACACUGGUGAAUCUGUUGAAGAAAGAGAACUUGUUUGAGAUCAAAACACAGCUACUGCCUCUUCAGGGAGAGCUGUGGUACUUGUGGUGUAAAAAGGACAAAGAACUCAAUCGCUUGCAGGAAAAGAGGAAUAAGAGCAUAGAGCAUCAUCGGAGUGAAAUUGAAUUGGAGAAGUCUGCAAUAAGAAGAAAGCAACUAGACAAAGCGUUCCCCCUCAAUCCGCUGAUGAAAACAUUCCUUGACUUUCUCCACUUACAGCCACAUGAUACCAAGAAAUUCUUUCUGCAGUGGAUGAAGGUCUUCAUGGACAACCUGUCCUCUGAUCGUCUUGACGAGCUGAAGAGAGACUAUCAUCAGUUAUGGUCUCAAAUCCUGGCAUUAAAGAAAAGCAAUGAAAAAAGCAACCAGAAAACUCAAUUGAUGAGUAAGUUAGAUGCCCUUUCCAAUGAAAUCAAUGAUUCGUCCAUUGGCCUUGAGCAUAUUUUGAGAGAGGUAGGGCAGAUUUAUGAGGCGCUGGAAUCAACAAACUCCAAAGAAAAAUGCUUUAUGGAACUACCUGAAAUUGCUGCCGACCUCAUGGUUUUAGGGCAUCCCGUUGAGCUGAUGGAUGGUGAUGCAUCUUACGUACCACUGCAAUGGAUUGGAGCAAUCUUUGACAGGUUAAUUGAGAAGCUAGGGGACAAGCGAGUAUUCAUGCUUUCCGUGCUUGGCAUCCAGAGCACAGGGAAGUCAACCCUGCUGAAUGCCAUGUUUGGUCUCCAGUUUAACGUCAGUGCAGGGAGGUGCACCCGGGGAGCCUUUAUGCAGCUCAUUAAAGUGGACAAGAAGCUCCAACAGGAUUUGAACUUUGAUUACAUGCUCGUUGUUGACACAGAAGGACUUCGUGCCAUAGAGAUGGCCAAUAAGCAGUCACUUAAUCAUGACAAUGAGCUGGCCACCUUUGUCAUUGGCAUCGGCAACAUGACUCUGAUCAACAUCUUGGGAGAAAAUCCUUCGGAAAUGCAAGACGUCCUUCAGAUUGCUGUGCAGGCUUUCCUGAGGAUGAAGCAAGUCAAUCUUUCCCCAAGCUGCCUGUUUGUGCACCAAAACGUGGGUGAAAUAACCGCAAAGGAACAGAACAUGGAAGGACAAAGACGUCUGCAGGAAAAGCUGGAUGAAAUGACCGUGGCAGCGGCCCAGCAGGAAUUCUGUGACAUCACCUGCUUCAAUGACGUCAUCCGCUUUGACGUGAACACCCACCUUCAUUACUUUGCUCACCUGUGGGAAGGAAACCCACCGAUGGCACCGCCCAACCCCACCUACAGCCAGAACGUCCAGCAAUUAAAGAGCAAAAUUCUCCAAGCUGCCAAGAAGGAAUCACAGAGCAGCAUUUUGAGGCUCUCCAGCUUGAAAGUUCGUAUUAGUGACCUGUGGAAUGCCUUGCUGAACGAAAACUUCAUUUUCAGCUUCAAGAAUUCAGUGGAGAUUGCCGCAUACAAGAAACUGGAAACCGCAUUUAGUCAGUGGACCUGGCAGCUGAGAAGUCACAUCUUAGACUUGCAAAUGAAACUGGAAAAUAAGAUUCGGAAUGGGGAGAUGGGGAAGGUUACCGUGGAACACCUUGAAAAACUGGUGCAAGAGACAAAUGAUGCCAUCACCAAGAACAUGGAAAUGUUCUUCGGUGAAGACAGAGACUGUGAAAUACUGAUCCAGUGGAAAAGCCGUACGGAACUGAAGCUGAAGGAACUGAGAGAGUCCCUUCUUGAUGAAACACAAAGGAAGUGUGAGAAACUUAUAGAAGUAAAGAAGAGCCAGAGUAAACUGGAUGAGAGGAAGUCCGAAUAUGAAUAUGAGCUCCUGAAAAAGAGCAGAGAAUUGGCCCUGUCUCUAAAAGGCCAGAAAUUAAGCGAAAGUGAGCUGAGAAACCACUUCAAUUCUCUCUGGAUAGACUGGGUUACAGAAGUCUCCUGUGCUGCUCCCCCUCUGGAACAGGUGGACAUCGAUCUGGACAUAGAAGAUGCCCUUCUAGGUCACUUUAAGGAGUAUAAUAUAGGUGAACAAAUCAGGAAUUGUUCCCAAAAGAUCAUCUUUUCUCUUGACAUAGAGAAACACGUGUCUAUGAAAAAACGCUUCCGCUUCUUAUUUAUGAGUUUUGACGAUGUCGAUGUGAGCAACAUGCACCACAUUACAGAUAGCAUCAAAAUGCGUGUGAAGGCAAGCAUUGAGAAGAAGGAAAAGGACAAAAUGGAUUACAGUCGAACUUUUAUUCAUGAAAUACUAAAUGAAGUGGAGAAAGGUAUGAACUCUGUCCCUACCACUGCAAAAUAUCGUUUUAAUAAAGAUUACAGAAUAGAUUUAUCACUGGACCUGUGCAGAAUGGCAGCAGAAAGGUUUAAAGACAUGCAUGCAGCAUUCAGGAAAGCAAACGAUCCAGUUGUCUACCUGGAGAGCAAGAGA